UUGUAUCUUGAGUAGUAUAUUCUUUGAUCUUUUGUUAUGACUUUCCCGCCUUCAAAUCUAUUAAACUAGUUUCCGUAAAUAAAAUUGUAGCACUAAUCAGAAAAUAAUAAAAUUUAUAAACAGUGAUCAUGUUAGAAAACGACGAUCUAUCACAAUUAGAAGAAUUGUUAUGUGCGGAUUUGGGUGAAGAUAGUGUAAAGGUAAAUAUAGAAGUACGAGAAGUUGAUAUCUUUCAAAAAAACACCGAUGAUUUGCAAGACAAAGUUACAGGCACACCCCUAACUUCUGUAGUUCACAACGGAGAUACAGAUUCAUCAGAUGACGAAGAAAGAAGAAAUUAUACUGAAAGGAAAUAUAGCGAUUACGGUACUGAAGUGAAAAAGAUUUUGGACACCAAAGAACAUGAACAGUGCGAUAAACAGCUAGAUUUCGAAAUUAGAUUACGAAAAACUAACGACGACACAAAAGCUGCCCGUAGUAGCUCAUUUAAAAAAGUAGAAGUUGCUUCAGAAACAAAUACAAAAAAUCUGUUCUGUGCUCCAGAUAUAAAGGCGAAACAAGCUGCAGACGUAUAUACAGACCCCGUGUUUGGUAUCAGAAUCGUUAAACCGCAAAUAUCUAGUUUAGCACUUCUAGACCGCAUGCAAGGUAGGGAAGCCGUAAAUAUGUUAAGAGUAAAGAGAUAUGUAGAGAACGAGGAUUUGACUAAAGACUGGGUGAUAGCUGGUGUUAUAGUAAGGAAAAGUGUAACUAAACAGUCGCAAAAAGGUAACCAAUUUAUAAUUUGGACAUUGAGUGAUCUCAAAGACAAUAUGAAAACAGUUUCUAUAUUUCUGUUCAGAAAAGCGUACAAUGACUUGUGGAAAACAAGUGACGGCACUGUGGUAGCUGUGUUGAAUCCAAAUGUCUUUGAUAGAUCUGAAAAUAGCCAUGAUGAAGCAUGUCUCAGUGUAGAAAGCCCAGAUAGGGUUAUGGUUUUAGGGCAAUCAAAAGACUUUGGCAUUUGCAAAAGUAAGAAGAAGAAUGGGGAUCCAUGUACAGCAUUUGUUAAUUUAAGUCAAUGUGAACAUUGUAUUUAUCACGUAAAGCAGGAGUAUCAGAAAUAUUCUAGAAGACAAGAGCUACAGUCAUCCACUAUGGGAAAAGGUCUUGUUAAUUUGCAGAAGAAAGUUUUAGGUAAAAAUACUGUUAUAUAUGGUGGGAAAGCAUAUUCUGCAUUGCCAAGUGGUAAUAGUAAGAAAAUUAAAGACAGAGAUCAAAACAGACUAAUGAGUUUAAGUGAUUAUCAUAAUUUAGAGGGGGACAAAUUAAUGUUGAACAAAGCUCCAUAUGGCUUGGGUCCUUUGAAAAGCAAGACUGAAAUUUUACAUAGCCCUACAGUGCAGAGGGUUACUGAUUCAGAAAGAUUAAGUAAGCUAUCAUGUACUAGUUCUAGUCCUCAAAGUUCAAGGAUUGCAUCACAAAGUUUAGCUAAUAAAGUGGCCAGUUCACCAACUUUAGGUAAAGGAUUUGGAUUGAAAGGUAGUGGAGUGAUAGAUUUAAAUGUAUCUUAUGGGCAGAAAGCAGCUGAAAGAAGAAAGGAGAAUGCUAUAAAACUGAUUCAGCAAAGUGGGGGUAUUAAAAAAUCAGACCCUCAUAAUAUAAAAGGAACAGAAGCUGGAAAGAAACGGGCAAUAGAUAAGUUAAAUAGCUCUGGUGGUGAGGAGAAUGAAACUAAAAAACCAAAGAUUAAUGAGGAGGACAGUAUGAAACUGAAAGGUGUUAAGUCUGAGAGAUUUAAAAAGAUACUGGAAGCUACAUCAGCUCAUCAAAAUUUGAUUAAGCAGCAUGAAGAUAAUGAACAAGAAAUGUACUUCAGUAAAUUAGAGAAGAAGGAAGCUAUGGAAGAAAAAAUGUUGAAUACUUUCAAGCUGGCAUGUAAAGCAGUUAGGUGUGUUAAAUGCAAGUAUACAGCAUUUUCGGCUGCACAACUCUGCAAAGACGAGAGGCAUCCUCUAAAAGUAUUAGAUACAUUCAAAAGAUUUUUUAAAUGUGCAGAUUGCAAUAAUCGAACUGUGGCUUUGGAUCUCAUACCCUUACAUUCAUGUGGCAAUUGUAACAGCUCUCGAUGGGUGAAGGCACCUAUGCUCAGAGAGAAGAAACUUAUUACAACAGAGAAUCUGUCAAUAAGAGGUGAAGAGGAAACAUUUAUAGGGGGUCAAGUAAAUACAGGAAAAAAUAUCAAUUUGCUUGUACCAGAUGAUUGAUAAAUCUAUUGAUUAGUGUUCUUCUAAUUGUGUUUUUAUUUUUGAU